UAUAUAACAGCAGGGGCAGUGCACUGAUGACUUCUUCAGCGUCGCUCAGUGCCAGUGCACCACUGCGCCUCUCCCAGCUCAUUUCCACUCGAGCUGAGCACCGAGAACAAGCUGAAGCCUUCAGCUCCAGGACUCACUGGACUCACGACCAGCUCCUCAACCUCUUCGGAAUAUGAAUACUUCUCUACUUGGACUUCUCUUCAUCUAUUCUCUUGUUUUCCUCAGAGUGUCUCUCGGCGCGUCCACGGCGGAGCGCGCACUCACGAGUCCCACAGCGGGGAAGCUCUCUUACACUCAAAGUCAGAGUCCCGGCACAGGCCCGCGCAGGGACGAGGACAAAUACGAUAGCAACGAAGAGGAGCUUUCUGGGGACUAUGAGGAUGUCCACCCCCAAGUGGCAUUUUCCACCAAACCUAAGGACUCCUCUGUGAUGCCCCUUACACAAAACAGAAGGAGAAGAAAAGGGAAGAAGAACCCCUGUUUGAGGAAAAUGUACAGAAACUACUGCAUUCAUGGGGAGUGUCAAUACUUGGAGGGAUUAAAUCAUACCUCUUGCAUAUGUGAGCCUGGAUAUGCUGGCGAGAGGUGUCACAUAUUUACGUUGCCUGUUGUUCGUGAGCAACGCUACAACCAGACUGCGGCUUUGGCUGUAAUAGCAGUGAUCCUGUCUUUGAUGUGUCUCACCUUCAUUGGCAUUAUGUUGGCCUUCAGAUGUCACAAAAAAGGUGAGGACGACGUGGAGAGCGAGGAGAAGAUAAAGCUUGAGGCAGCGACUGUACCGUAGUGCUGAGAAAGCAAGAGAGAGAAACCAUUGGUUUGGUGGACAUGCAGAGGGAACUUGUGGCCGAGGGAACUCGUCACUGCUGAGGAAUCUGAUGGCUUCUGUCAAAUUACACGGAUGCCAAAUACUCGCAUGAAGGAUAUAAUGAACUUUGCUUUGAAGAGCUGAGCUUAUCUUCCAUCUGCAGAACUCAAAAACAAGUCCAUCUGUAUGAAAAAUGUUCAAGAAAUGAAGAAAAUCCCUGAAUGUAGCUGCAUCAAAAUGUAUUCAUCAUUGUCCUUUCUAUUUAUUUAUUCUUCUCUUAAAGAGAAGAUUGCUUGACUGUCAUCCUUGAAACACUGAAAAUUAUUUAUUUAUUCUAUUUAUUUUGCUAUAUAAUCAUUUUGUAUAUUUACAGAAUGUACUGUGUUUGUCAGAUGUACAGUUCGUAAGUAGUUGAACAGAGGCUCUGUACUCCAUCACACUGGAUUUAAAAUGAGAUCACUGUCCUGAAUAGUGUUCUUCACUCAUUCGCUGGGAUCUACCUUGGACUGCCAGUUUAUUUACUAGUGGUAAUCUCAUUGUGUUCUUGUUGUCUUGGGUCUCAUAAUACAGUAGCACAGAGCUGUACAACAAACCAGUGAGCAGCCAGUUAUCCAAUUAUUUACAGUUCCUGAAGUGUUUGUUUUAUUUCUAAUUCCAAUGUGCUUUUGUACAGACACAAAUUGUUGUGUCACUGUCCAAUUACUCACAGACUGCACUGUAUUUUUUUAACUGUACAAAUAUAUUUAUUAUUGUAAAAUCAAGUAACUUUCUAAAAAUGACUGCCUUUUAUGCUUUAUAUGUUGUUACGCUACACGUUUGAAUUUACAUAUAAACUGAAAAAGAAGAAUGCUGACUCUAAUUCAAAUGUGUAAAUUGGUUCCACAUGAAUAAAAUAUAUUACAUCAACUCAA